AUGGAAGCACUAUGUGAUGAAGAACAGUGCGAAAAGUUUGUUUGGACGAAAAAUAAAGUGUUUCAAUUAAUUGAAUUGGUAGAGGCUCAUCCAGAAUUGUGGAAUGUCCGGUUGAAGGAGUAUAGGAAUCGAAACCUGAAAUGUAAGUCACUGGAAACAAUAGCAACGUCUUUAAAUUUGGGUGUUAAAAUAGUAAAAAACAAAAUUCAUAAUUUGAGAUGCCAGUUAAAUGAGCAUCUGAGAAAAAUGAAAAAGUUCCAAACUGGUCAGGGUGCAGAUGAAAGGUAUAAACCGAAGUGGGAGUUUUUCGAGGCCGUCAAGUUUAUGAAUAUCCAGACAAAUUCAACAGAGGAUUCAAUUGGCAGUGCUCCUGAUGUUAUUAAUAUAGAUGUGCUGGACCAUGAUGAGGAAAUAAAUAAUAAUUCAGAUUACGCACAGACGCCGCAGGAAGUACACAAUCAUCCUUCAGGUUCAGGAGGGUCUGGGCAGACUUCUGUUACAAAAUCUCAUAAAAAAACAAAACGGGCACCCGAUUCAGUUAAAAAGGAUGAUGAGUUGCUGAAUGAAGCUUUAACUUGUUUACGAGCUCCGAAAGAUCAAUUGGACGUAUUUGGAGAGUUUGUUACUGCAGAGAUGAGAGGAAUACGCUCGGAAGAUAUCCGAAAAAAAUUAAAACGCAAGAUUCUGAGAGCUAUUUUAGACGCAAAUGAGGAAGACGACAUGCGAGAAGUAUCCUCCCCCAGUUCACUCUCCAAGUAA